AUGAAGGUGGUCGCUGCGCAAGCUCGGGAGGGCGUCGGCUAUUUGAACAUGUUUGCCAGAUUCAGCCAGAGCGUGAGGCGGCUGGCCGAUGGGGGGCGGGACGACCGCGCGGAGGCGGCCCGCCAGCCAGGGCAGUGCAGCUCGAGCGUCUCGUACCUGGCCCGGCAGCGCCCGCUGCCCCUGCCGCGGCCGCGGAGCCGGAGUUCUGCGCGGGAGCGCCCGCUCCUGCAUUUCCCCCUUGUAGAGAUUGAUCCAGGAUCAGGGUUCGCUAAGUUUGGAAAGUUGCGGCGACGACUUCUCGUUCGCACCUUCUUCAUUGCGCUACUCCUUUCGCGGCUCCUGCGAACUGUCUAUGUAUUUAGCCUGUAG